CUGGGCAACGGCCUCAUCAUCAGCGCCGUAGCCUGCGGCCACCACCUGCACACGCCCAUGUUCUUCUUCCUGCUCAACCUGGGCAGCAGAGCUUGUGCCCACAUGGCAGCAGCUGCCUGGGCCAGUGCCUUUCUCACUGCUCUGCUGCAAACAGCCAAUACAUUUUCCCUGCCCCUCUGCCAUGGCAAUGUUCUGGGCCAGUUCUUCUGUGAAAUCCCCCAGAUCCUCAAACUCUCCUGUUCACACUCAAACCUCAAGGAACUUGGGCUCAUUGCUAUUAGUGCCUGUUUAGCACUUGGCUGUUUUAUGUUCAUUGUUUUCUCCUAUGUGCAGAUCUUCAGGGCUGUGCUGAGGAUCCCCUCUGAGCAGGGUUGGCACAAAGCCUUUUCCCCCUGCCUCCCUCACCUGGCUGUGGUCUCUCUGUUCUUCAGCACUGUCAUGUUUGCUCACCUGAAGUCCCCCUCCAUGUCCUCCCCAUCCCUGGAUCUGGCCCUGUCAGUUCUGUACUCGGUGGUGCCUCCAGCCCUGAACCCCCUCAUCUACAGCCUGAGGAACCAGGAGCUCAAGGCUGCAGUGUGGAGACUGAUGACUGGAUGCUUUCACAAACAUUAAACUGCUGGCCAGUGUCUGCAAAUCACUUGUAAUAAAAGUCAUCUUUGAUACUUCUUAUUGGUAUAGUUGUUGGGAUUUUUUCCUUUGUUUUAUAUUUUUCACAUUGACUACAAAUAAAUGUCAUUGUCUGUGCCAUUUCA